UCCUACUUAGCGUCUUCUUCCAGAGUGACACGUGCUCCGUAAGUUAGUCUUUAAGAGAAAUAUAUAACCACGGGAUAGUACAGUUGAUCGCACGUCAAGUUACCCUGCCUGCAUGGAACUCUAUGCACCGGCAAUAGGUGCGAAUUUGCAUUAUUUGUACUCAUUAUUAUACUAUGCCACUGGACUACGGAAGCAAUCGCAUAAACCAACAAUUACAACUGGACAAUUAUUACGGCAAUUUAAUAUAUAACAAUCACUUUUCCACGACCGUAAUUAUCUAACACGACAUACUUGUUUUCACUAUUUUAUCAGUAUUCGCUUUCCCUUCUGACCGAAAAUACAUUUCACCAAAAUAAAAAUGGACGUAGCCAAACCACAAGUAAAAAGCUGCAAAACUUCUGAGUACUUUCGAUAUGUCCACAAAUAUCUAUACUUAGUUGGUUGGCCAAAUUACUGGAACAACGAUUUUGAUCUGCCUACAGUGAUCAUAAAAUAUCACGACACCGCAUCAAAAAUUUUAAACGCUGCUUGUUUAUUUUUCGUCGCAUUCGAAUUAAUUGGUUUUAUUACCCAAAACAAUUUGUCAGAGAAACAGCAAACUGACCGCCAAUUGUUCGGUUUCUCCCACCCCUUUCUCGGUAGCUUUGGUAUUAUUUUGGCGUUUCAUCAAGAAAAAAUUAGCGCUUUGACCAACACUAUGGUUAUAGAGCUAAAGAAGCACUACAAUAAUCCAGAUAUGGAAAUGCAGAUGAUCAAGAAGUCUCGAAGACAUUCUAUGGUGUACUGUUUUAUAUGCAGUUUCGCUCUUAUUUCCUACGGCUUGGAUGGACUCAUGCAAUGUUUGUAUGAUAAAGAUGGCACUUUUGUAACGGUGAUCACAGCUUGGCCUGAUGUAAAUGAUGUGUCUACUGCAGCCAGCUACUUCCGCGUGUUUGCUUAUAUAAUGUGGUGGAUCUUCAUGUUUAGAGUCUCGGGGGUGUACGUUAUGCUCAUCUCGACCCUAGUCUGUCUGGGGCACCAAUACAAGAAUCUACAGAGUUAUUUCUACAACCUCAACAAUAUUUUUGAAAUAGCUGAAUUGACGUUGCGACAGAAAGAAGAGAAAUAUGAAAAUGGACUGAAGUUGGGUAUAAAUAUGCAUGCUCGUACAUUGUGGUGUACACGAGAAUGUGAGGCGUCCUUCAUGUGGGUUCUCAGCGGCCAAAUACUGGUUAAUGUAACAGUCAUCAUUUUACUGAUGGCACAGAUGCUGAGUUCAGAACGCACGUUUGGCAGCGUAUCAGCUAUCGUGUCUACGAUGACCGCCAUGCUCAUCAGCACAGGUUUCUUCAUGUGGAACGCUGGAGACGUGACUGUAGAGGCGGCAGCCCUAUCUACCGCCAUGUUCAAUUCUGGUUGGCAAAAUUGCCAGGGAGACUCCACCGUGCGAGUCAGGAAGCUUCUCGUUAUUGCCAUGACACAAGCUCAGGUGCCAGUAUCUAUUCGAGCCCUCGGAAUUGUAGCGCUUUCAUACCAAUCCUAUGUAUCGAUCGUGAAGUCGUCAUAUUCUGUAUUUUCAGUAUUAUAUUAAAGCAUCAAAUUUUAGACUCUCUAUGUAGGUACACAAAUACAAAAGUGAUUACAUAAUUUACUGUAAUAUAGGUAUUAGAAAAAGCAUGCACUCGGUAGGUGCACAUCAAGAUACAAGCAGUAGUUGACAUUUUAAUUGAAUUAUAUAUAAUAAUAUAUAAUAGAAUUUUCCUAGUAUGUAAUUAAUUAACUUAACAAUGAGACUUCGUUGUCAUUUCUUAUUUUAUAAAAAUAGUAGUAGGUACUUAGAUAAAUUAGUCUGAAUAUAGGUUUUAUAGGUAGAAAAUAUUAGUAUAUUAGUACGUAUGGACGUUAUUUUACGGUGUGGCAAAGGGCGGCGUGCCGGCGGGGCCCGAAAGAUUCUGUGCUCUCAUUGCUGCGCUUACUGAUUUUAUCUACCCACGUAAUAACCUAUAUAAAAAAUGAUAUUUAAGUAUCAUAAUAACUAAAAACUCAUAACCCGAUAAUCUCGCACAAAUCUCAUAUCACGUUAUGACGAAAAUAAAAUGGAAUUUCUAUUAUUAAUCUAUUCUAUAGGAAAGUGAACUUCAGAAUAAUUUAAAGGUUUUUAACGGAAAUCUAUGGGAGAAACCAUUAGCCCUGGAUCAAAAGUACUUCAAGCAAAAGUUUGUUUUGUCACUGUCACGUUUAACAUUGUCAGAACGAGACAAAACAUACUUUAGCU